GGAUCACCUUGGUUUGUGCCUGAAAAACAAAACAUUAAAUUAUAACAAAAUUACUGACAAAUUAAAAAAAAAAUAACCAUUUUAUCGAUCUCACAAUAAGAAUAUCGCAUGGGUACCUAUUGGACGAAUUGUGGUCGCAAAAUCAAUGCACGGAUUGUACAAAAGUCAACCAAUGUUUUAAAUUUAUCGAUUGAAAAUACCGAACUGGGCCAGGAUCGUCUUCGGCGGUUGAAACUGGCAGCGGUUCUGCUGUUCCUUUACGGGUUUUCGGUUUUACUGCUUGGAUCCGGACACAGUAUUCUCUGGCUUCAUGGACUUUUCGGGAGCACACUAAUGGUGGUGGCCUAUAGCUAUACGAGGAUAGUUAAAAAUGAAAACUUGGUCUUAGUAAAAGAUUUCGCACUACAGUAUUCAACACACUUCAUUGGUGGAGGAACCAAAAAUGUACUAAUCCCAAUUAAACACAUACACGGUGUAGUAAUUAACGAAGUGUUUCAUAACCUUAAAGUAGUAUUUAUUCUUACUGUUCUAACCAAAGGAAAUCUUUUCACAACAAAACCAGUAAUUACGUUAUUCAGACAUUUAAACCCGCGGGUUGAUUGUCUUGAGAUGAUCUACAAUGAACUUCAUGCCAUCCUAGAUUUAGAGAAUGAUUAGAAUAAAACCGACAAUGCUUAAUUUUUUAGUUUUUGUGUUUUCAGUUGUUUCGUU